AUGGCGUCUCCAGCAGCCCCAUUGCGGCUCCUCACCAGGAUAUCUCAAGGGCAGAGAUGCCUGGCACCCAGAAGCAACUGGAUCUCCAAGGCCCAGGGGCCCAUGGUCCCCCGACUGGCAGCGUCCCCCUCGACUCCGGUCCGCACCUUUCGCACCACCCCGCGCCGCCUCGAUGCCAACAGCAAGAAGACGGGACCCGACGCCGACAGCUCCGGGCCCGGCGAGUUCUUCUCCCUCGUUGACAAUCCGGCCACCCUCGUCCGCUCCGGCGGCAACCGCUCGCGCGUCGGCCUCUUCUUCCUCGCCAUCAUCCCCGUGACGGCCUUCUUCCUCGGCACCUGGCAGGUCCAGCGCCUCGGGUGGAAGUCGGAGCUCGUCGCCCGCCUCGAGGACCGCCUCGUCCGCGAGCCGCUGCCGCUGCCGCCCCAGAUCGACCCCGACGCCGUGGCCGAGUUUGACUACCGCCGCGUCUACGCCACCGGCCGUCUGCGCCACGACCGCGAGAUGCUCAUCGGGCCGCGCAUGCGCGACGGCGAGCAGGGCUACAUGGUCGUCACGCCGCUCGAGCGCGACGGCGACGGCAGCACCGUGCUGGUCAACAGGGGCUGGAUCAGUAAGAAGAUGGGCGACCAGCGCGCGAGGAGCGCCGAGGCCCUGCCGACGGGCGAGAUCACCGUCGAGGGCCUGCUGCGGGAGCCGUGGAAGAAGAACAUGUUCACGCCCGAGAAUCGCCCGGACAAGUGGGAGUUUUAUUUUCCCGACGUCAAGCAGAUGGCUGCUCUGACGGGCAGCCAGCCUGUGUGGAUCGAGGCGACAAUGGAACCCGAAUAUCUGCGCUUCAUCGAGCUCCAGACGCAAGGCAUCCCCAUCGGCCGCGCUGCCGAGGUCAAUCUGCGGAACAACCAUGCGCAGUACAUCUUCACCUGGUACGGUCUCUGCGUGGCAACCUCCAUCAUGCUGUACAUGGUGGCGAAGAAGCCGUCAUCGGACAUCUCCAGGCGCGUCCGCAUGAGUAAAAAUUGGUAG